AUGGAGACAAGAGAAGAGCAAGUGAGUUUGAUUCCAAUAGCGGUUGUAAAUAACUCUGAAAAUAGCGGCGAAUCUGUUUGUUUGUCGUCUUUGGUUUCUCGAUCUUCGAGCAAAGAGGCAUUUUACAAAGUCAUUCGUAGCUGGGCCUCCAAAAAGUUUAUGACAGGAUGUGUCAUUUUACUUCCUAUAGCAAUUACAUUCUACAUCACUUGGUGGUUCAUUGAUUUUAUGGAUGGAUUCUUCUCCCCAAUCUAUAAGCAUCUUGGGAUCAAUAUAUUUGGUCUUGGAUUUGUGACCUCUAUCACAUUCAUCUUCAUAGUUGGUGUGUUCAUGUCCUCAUGGUUGGGAGCAUCUGUUCUUAGUUUAGGAGAAUGGUUAAUCAAGAAAAUGCCCCUAAUUAGCUAUAUUUACUCUGCUUCGAAACAAAUAAGUGCAGCAAUAUCACCAGAUCAGAACUCGCACGCAUUCAAGGAAGUGGCUAUCAUUAGGCAUCCGCGGGUUGGAGAAUAUGCUUUCGGCUUUAUCACUUCAACGGUUGUUCUUCGUGGGAGUUCAGGUUCAGAGGAACUUAGCUGUGUUUACGUGCCCUCCAACCACCUCUAUAUUGGAGACAUAUUUCUCAUAAGCUCAAAAGAUAUUAUAAGGCCUAACGUCUCUGUUCGAGAAGGAAUUGAAAUUGUCAUCUCUGGUGGCAUGUCCGUACCUCAGGUAUUGACCACAGUGGAUGCACAAGCCAUUGAUAUAGCUGGACUCGAAAAUUUCAACAAACCACAAGUUAAUGGCGGCUAACUAAUGGCUAUACAUCCUUAUGGUGAAGCUUCUGGCCGUUUUUGCAUGCUGAAGUGGUUCAAAGUUUGGCUUCAUGAACCGUCUAUGGUUGAUAUCGAGAGCCUAAAAGGCAUACGGAAACCAAUAUCCUUUUUAUUAAAUUGUAUAUUAAUGUGUUUGAAAACUUAAAUGUCGUUGAACAUGCAUGCUUGGCUGGGAUAGCAUCAAAUGUGAAUGAGACUGAAUCUUAAAAAUAAUUUUGGUUUUGUUUUUCUCAGUAAUGGUACAUUAGUUGA